AUGCACACUUCUAGCCUAAUCCAUUUGUUAUUCUUGUCAGCUAUUGUUUUUGCGAGCAGAAGAGAUUCUCCACAAGCUACAGACGAUCAAUUAGAGCAAAGAUGCCCAAAUGCCAACGAGGUGUGGAGGGAUUGUGGACUGGACCCGAAGUGUAAACACUGUGAUUUCCAUGCGGAACCAUGUAAUACCGCUUGCUACACCGGGUGCACGUGUAAAGAUGGUUACAUGUACGACACUUUGUGGCGAUGUAUACCCCAAGAGGCGUGUAUCGAGGAAAACGUUUUG